AUGGCGAUGCGGCUCCUGCCCCCCUCCACGCCGCCCCCACUCUUCCCGAGCCCCGGCCCGAAGGCACCCGCCUCCGUCUCCGCACCGUCUUUCUCGUACUUCUCUGUCCGCUUGCGCCGCGCGCGCGCGGCGUCUGCAGCGGCUGGCGCGGCCGCGGCGGGCGGGUCCGACCGGGACGGCGGACGCUUCGAGGGGGAGGCGAUGAGCGGGGCAUUCGACAGGGGCCUCGCGGAGAUCGCGAGGAAGGUACCGCUCUUCGAGCCCGCAGCGGACGGGGAGCUCGCCGCCGCGGCCGGUGAGCGGCCGUUGCCUAUCAAUCUCGAGCUCUGGCUCUACCGCGUCAAAGUGCACACCAGGAAGUUCGAGUUCCCUGAAGCAGAGAAGCUUCUCGACAAGUGUAUCUCAUUCUGGCCUGAAGACGGACGUCCGUAUGUGGCACUGGGGAAGCUGUACAGCAAGCAGUCAAGGUAUGACAAAGCUAGAGCGGUGUACGAAAGGGGAUGCCAAGCAACGCAAGGCGAAAACCCAUACAUUUGGCAGUGUUGGGCAGUCCUAGAAAGCAAGAGUGGAAAUAUUCGAAGGGCACGCGAGCUAUUUGAUGCUUCUACUGUGGCUGAUGCAAAGCACAUUGCUGCUUGGCACGGGUGGGCAAUUUUAGAAAUAAAGCAAGGAAAUAUAAAAAAGGCGCGGAACCUACUUGGGAAAGCCCUGAAAUAUUGUGGAGGAAAUGAGUAUAUUUACCAAACUCUUGCUUUGCUUGAAGCUAAAGCAGAGCGCUUUGAACAAGCACGGACUUUGUUCGAGCAAGCCACUCAAUCCAAUCCUAAAAGUUGUGCAAGCUGGCUAGCUUGGGCUCAGGUAGAAAUGCGUGCAGGAAACAAUACCAUGGCCAGAAAGCUCUUUGAGAAGGCUGUCCAGGCUAGUCCUAAAAACCGUUUCUCAUGGCAUGUUUGGGCACUAUUUGAGACAAAUGAAGGUAGUAUUGACAGGGCAAGGAAGUUGCUUAAGAUUGGACAUGCUGUAAAUCCUAGGGACCCUGUAAUUCUCCAGUCACUUGCACUGCUGGAAUACAACUUUUUAUCUGCGAAUAUUGCUCGUGUGUUAUUCAGAAAAGCAUCUCAGAUUGAUCCAAGGCAUCAGCCAGUUUGGAUAGCUUGGGGGUGGAUGGAAUGGAAAGAAGGAAAUGCAAGAACAGCAAGGGCCCUCUAUCAAAGAGCUUUGUCAGUUAAUUCAACAAAUGAAUGUGCUGCUCGUUGUCUUCAGGCUUGGGGAGUCCUAGAACAGCGUGCUGGUAACUACACGGCUGCCAGAAGAUUGUUGAGGUCUUCUCUGAGUAUAAACUCUCAAAGUGAGGUGACAUGGAUGACAUGGGCAGCGCUUGAGGAGGAACAGGGGGAUCCAGUUCGAGCUGAAGAAAUUCGGAACCUUUACUUUCAGCAGCGUACUGAAGUUGUGGAUGAUGCCUCAUGGGUCAUGGGCUUCCUUGAUAUCAUCGACCCUGCCCUAGACAGCGUGAAGAAGCUGCUAAACCUAGAUCAGCCUUCUGGGCCGACGAGGCAAGAUGAUGUUAAAAGCACUGCCAGGAGUUCUGCAGCUGGGGAGUCUUCAGAAACUUCUGCGGCUGUAGGUUCAGAUUCCUCUGGCCUUAAGAGCCAUGAUGCUGGUAACAACGGGAGCGAAGCAACGGGGACUACAAGUGAUUUCGAUUUGGAUGGUUUCAUCAAAAAGAGGCUGGCCCUCGACCCGGCGGAGCUGGAUGCCGUGCUCGAGGGCUCUGACCCGAGGGGUGUUGUUUCUCAGAGGAGGAAACAGCGGCUGCCCAGGAAGCCACUCCCUCGUCUCCCUGCCCCGUAA